AUGGCCCAAAAUCUAGCUGUUUGUGAAUUUUGUGAUUUGUACACUGAAACAACAACGUGGAAGUGCAUCAACUGUGAUUUAACUCUGUGUGAAAAUUGUAAAACAAAGAGACAUUCGAAAAUCAGAGGAUCCGAAGAACACAGUGUUAUAAUGUUAAAACAGAUGGGAACAUUGGAGGCAAAAGAUAGUGUUCGAAAGUUGGAACUUGCAAGUAAUAUUUGUUCUGUGCAUAAUAAUGAAAAAUGCACUGCAUAUUGCAAAAGUUGUUCAAAAGAAUUAUGUACUUUCUGCGCUUUUGAAGGAAAACAUCAGGGUCAUAAAAUUUUAAAACUUGCAAUAAGUAGUCAAGAAGGAACUAAAAACUAUAACAAAGCAAAGCAAGAUAUAAUUCAACGAGAAAAAGAUAUUAUAGAAUUUGCUCAUCGUGAAGCAGAAUUUCUCAAUCAGGAACUUGAUACUUUAUUGAAAACUCAAAAUGACACUUCGAACAAAACAAAGAAAACUCUACAAACUAAAAUUGAAUACUUGAAUCGCACUGUUAAUCUUACUGCUCAAAUUAUUCAAUCAAAUGAUGCAAAAUCAAUUCUUGACACAUCCUUUUCCAUAAAGAAGGAAUUGCCUUCAAAGGAUAUUGAAGGAUUAAAUUUAUCAGCGAAAUCCACAGUUGAAUUUAUUGCCCCAGUUGUGUCUCUUAGAUUUGGAUCAUUUGUAAUGACAAAGCUAGCCAUUAUAAAAAGUGUUCAGACUCCAUUGAAAACAAUUGAAUGCUUGGAGAGCAUAGACAAUGUGUCCGCCUCAGGAUUAAUAUAUGUGACAGAUCAGAGCACAAGUUCUAUUCAUGUUCUUACAUUAGAUGGUGACUUUGUAGCAAACUAUGGUCAAGAACAUGGUAUUGUUGAUCCUGAAGUCCUUCAUAUAAAUAAAGAAGGACAAUUGAUGAUAUGGUGUAAAGGUGGAACAAUACAUGUGGCUGAUAUAUUCUCAUAA